AUGGAAGAGAUCGCCGAUCAGACUUUCUUUCGCUAUUGCGUCCUGACCCUAAUUUUCAUUGGCCCGCCGACCGCGAUCGCUCUGAAAUUCCUCCAAGCUCCAUACGGCAAACACAACCGUAGUGGAUGGGGUCCCACCAUAUCUCCGCCGAUUGCUUGGUUCGUCAUGGAGAGCCCGACCUUGUGGCUCACGCUCCUCCUCUUCCCCUUUGGCCGUCACUCUCUCAAUCCUAAAUCUCUCCUCCUCUUCUCACUCUAUCUCCUCCAUUACUUCCACCGUACCAUCAUUUACCCUCUCCGCCUCCACCGCAGCUCCUCCUCUUCUGCAAAAAGCGGCUUUCCGGUCAGCGUCGCCGCCAUGGCUUUCACCUUUAAUCUUCUUAACGCUUAUGUCCAGGCGAGGUGGGUUUCUCACUACAAGAACGACUACGAAGACGGACAGUGGUUCUGGUGGAAGUUUAUUAUUGGUACGGCGGUUUUCAUAGCCGGUAUGUGGAUUAAUAUCACGUCGGACCGGACUCUUGUACGACUGAAGAAAGAGAACCAGGGUGGUUAUGUGGUACCGAGAGGAGGCUGGUUCGAACUAGUAAGCUGUCCGAAUUACUUCGGAGAGGUACUUGAGUGGUUGGGCUGGUCUGUAAUGACUUGGUCUUUCGCCGGAAUUGGGUUUUUCUUGUACACGUGUUCUAAUUUGAUCCCGCGCGCACGUGCGAGCCACAAGUGGUACAUGGACAAGUUCAAGGAUGAGUACCCCAAGACUCGGAAAGCUGUUAUUCCUUUUUUGUACUGA